AUGAACGAAACAUACAUAGAGACAAAAUUAUCAGAAAAAAAUCUUACGAUAGACGAUAUUUCUGACGAAGAAUACAGAGAAUAUUUAGAAUACUUCGUAAAUACGAAUAUGGAUGUACUAAGAACAGUUUUUAGUUUGAUAGAAGUCAGAACAAUUCCUGAUUCUGUUUACAUCCCUAACAUGUACAAAUUCAAAGAAUUUACAAGAGAAAAUGUUAAAUUAGAACCUACUCGAUUAAAGUACUCGUACAGAGAGUUGAACAUUCCCAGUGACUUGAAUCAGAUUAUGGAAUUUUUCCUAACAUUGGACCUUACACAAACGGGGAUAUUCAAAAGAAGCCCGUCUGUUGUGGUGAUGGAAGCUGCUAUUAAAGAUUUUGAGGAGUGCAUGCAAGCACAGGAGAACAUACAUGAAAAGAUGAUACAAUAUGAUGGUAUCACGGUUUCUUCGGUAUUCAAAAACGUGUUCAACUACUACGAAAUGCCUAUUCUGCCAAAGGAAUUCGUCGAUUAUUUCUGCAGAAUAAAAAGGUUAUCCGAUGUAAAGGAACAGCACAUCGCGAUAAAGUUCCUUCUUCUCUGUCUGCCUAAGAAGAAUCGAAACGCGCUUGAAGCUGUGAUCAGGUUCAUUGAGAUAGUUCAUGGAUUGGCGGACAAAAGAGACCUUGAUCGCACGAAACACAUGGAUUUUCCAGGAUUUGUAUCUGUUAUGAUGCCCAAACUGAUGUUGAAGAGCAACAUACGUAUAAGAAUCGAAAACCUAAAAGAUUUGAUCGAUGUGUUACUUAUUGUGUUUAAGAAGUACAGAUGCUUUGUGAGUGUUAUAGAAUGA